UCCCUCAUUCACUUCUGAACCUUUCUCUUCAGCUUCGCUUUGCCGCAUGCGUCAUUCAACCGGUUCAUAUUUCUGCUUCAUUGUCCCUGUAAAUUUUGAAAAGGAAUCAUAUUUUACGGUUAUUCGGUCUGCUUUCCUGACGCUGUUGUGAACAUGACAAGUUAAUGAAGUUUAGAUCUGUUUCGUGUAUAGGAUAUUGGAUGAUGCUUGAUAUUAUGCUUCUGUGACAGGAGUAAACCUAAGAUCUUGACUUGAGAAUCUGAAUUCUUUGUAAUCAUGGACGAGAAGCCAUUUCCAGCAUGGUCAUGGCCGGUUGAGCAGUGCUUGAAGGAGUACAGUGUCAAGUUAGAGAAGGGUCUAAGCUUAUAUGAAGUUGAGAAGAGACGGGAGAGAUAUGGGUGGAAUGAGCUCAGAAAGGAGAAGGGAAAGCCAUCCUGGCAGCUCAUCUUGGAACAAUUUGAUGAUGUUCUUGUGAAGAUUCUCCUUGUUUCAGCAUUUAUCUCAUUCGUUUUAGCAUAUCUGCAGGGAACUGAAUCUAAUCAUUCAGGUUUUGAGGUGUAUGUGGAACCCUUAGUAAUCAUCUUGAUUCUCAUUCUCAAUGCUGUUGUUGGAGUCUGGCAAGAGAGCAAUGCUGAAAAGGCUCUCAAAGCUCUCAAAGAGCUGCAAUGCGAACAUGCCAAGGUUCUUCGAGAUGGCUACUUUGUACAAGACUUGCCUGCCAGGGAACUGGUACCUGGAGAUAUUGUGGAGUUAAGGGUUGGUGAUAAAGUCCCUGCAGACAUGAGAAUUGCAGCUCUGAAAACAUCAACGUUAAGAAUCGAACAGAGCUCACUCACCGGAGAGAGCAUGCCUGUGAUAAAAACCACAAGCCCUGUGCCUAUUGAUGACUGCGAGCUGCAAGCGAAAGAGUGCAUGUUGUUUUCAGGAACUACUGUUGUGAAUGGAAGUUGUUUAUGUGUUGUUACCAGUAUAGGAAUGAACACCGAAAUCGGAAUGAUUCAGAGGCAGAUUCAUGAAGCUUCGCUGGAGGAACACGACACUCCUCUGAAGAAGAAGCUGGAUGAAUUCGGGGAAAGGUUGACCUUUGCUAUUGGCCUGGUUUGCCUUGUAGUAUGGGCCAUCAACUACAGAAAUUUCAUCACUUGGGAUGCUCCCAAUGCAUCCAUAUGGGAUUUUCGCUUCUCAUUUGAAAAAUGCACGUACUACUUCAAAAUAGCCGUUGCGUUGGCUGUGGCUGCCAUUCCUGAGGGCCUUCCUGCUGUAAUAACUACUUGUUUAGCUCUGGGAACCAGGAAGAUGGCACAUAAGAAUGCGAUAGUAAGGAAGCUUCCUUGUGUUGAGACGUUAGGAUGUACAACUGUAAUAUGCUCGGAUAAGACAGGAACUCUUACAACAAACCAGAUGUCUGUGAAUGAGUUUUUCACUCUAGGAGGGAGUGCAAUAACUUUUCAGGUUUUUCAUGUUGAAGGUUCAACGUUCAAUCCAAAGGAUGGAGGCAUUAGUAAGUGGACCUAUGGAAAAAUGGAGGCAAAUAUGCAAAUAUUAGCUCAGAUAUGCGCAAUCUGCAAUGAUGCGGGGGUGUAUUGCAAAAAUUAUUUGUUCAGAGCUACAGGACUCCCUACUGAGGCAGCUCUCAAGGUGUUGGUUGAGAAGAUGGGAAUCCCUGAUACGAAGGCCAGGAACAGGUUUUAUGAUUCAAAGUUUGUUGCUGAACAUUCUGUUGGUCAUAACACGGUCAAGCUAGGAUGCUGUGAGUGGUGGAUAAAGAGAUCAAAAAGAAUUGCCUCUUUGGAGUUUGACAGAAUUCGCAAAUCUAUGAGCGUAAUUGUCCGCGAACCAACGGGAGCUAAUCGUCUUCUCGUUAAGGGUGCUGUUGAAUGUGUUUUGGAACGAAGUACCCAUGUGCAGCUCUCAGAUAAGUCAGUUGUUCAACUGGACGAGCAAUGCAGGCAGCUGAUACUUCUUAGAGUUCAUGAUAUGAGUUCAAAAGGCCUGCGUUGCUUAGGUUUUGCGUAUAAAGAUGAUUUGGGAGAGUUUUCUGAUUACUUUACAGACAGUCAUCCUGCACAUAUGAAGCUUCUCGAUCCAAACAACUACUCUGAAAUCGAAAGCAAUCUAAUCUUCAUUGGCGUUGUUGGUCUUAGAGAUCCUCCUCGUCCAGAAGUUUAUAAAGCCAUUGAAGAUUGUAGAGGAGCAGGAAUUAAGGUAUUGGUGAUAACUGGAGACAACAAGUCUACUGCAGAAGCAAUCUGUCAGGAAAUUGGAUUAUUUCCUCGCCUACAAACUGUUAAGUGGAGGAGUUUCACUGGCAAAGAGUUCAGUAGCCUUCACAUUAGUCAGAAAGUCGAAAUUUUGUCGAAGACCGGAGGCUUAGUUUUCUCUCGUGCCGAGCCACGACACAAACAAGACAUUGUGAGGCUGCUCCAGGACAUGGGUGAGGUUGUUGCAAUGACAGGAGAUGGCAUUAAUGAUGCUCCUGCACUUAAACUUGCUGACAUUGGAAUUUCUAUGGGUAUCACUGGAACUGAGGUUGCAAAGGAGGCUUCUGAUAUGAUUCUGGCCGAUGACAAUUUUAGCACAAUUGUUGCUGCUGUAGCAGAAGGACGUGCAAUAUACAAUAACAUGAAAUCUUUCAUUAGGUACAUGAUAUCAUCUAAUGUAGGUGAGGUGAUCUCCAUCUUUCUUACCGCGGCUCUUGGAAUACCAGAAUGUUUGAUACCAGUUCAAUUACUAUGGGUCAAUUUGGUUACCGAUGGCCCUCCUGCCACCGCCCUCGGUUUCAACCCUGCUGAUGUUGAUAUCAUGCAAAAAUCUCCUCGCAAGAGUGACGAUGCACUCAUUAGUUCUUGGAUCCUCAUCCGCUACAUGGUGAUUGGUUCUUAUGUAGGCUUGGCUACCGUCGGCAUCUUCAUUCUAUGGUACACACAGCCCUCUUUCAUCGGCAUUGAUCUCACAAGCGACGGCCAUACCCUAGUCUCACUCGCCGAGCUCAGAUCAUGGAGUGAAUGCCAUACAUGGGCAGAUUUCUCUCCAGAUCCAUUCUUGGCUGGAAACAGGGUCAUCUCCUUCUCGGAUCCCUGCGAAUACUUCACAGCCGGAAAGAUUAAAGCCGCCACGCUUUCGCUCUCCGUUCUGGUUGCGAUCGAGAUGUUCAAUUCUCUGAACGCCUUGUCGGAGGAAAACAGCCUGGUUAGAAUGCCUCCUUGGAGAAAUCCAUGGCUGCUUGUUGCGAUGGGGGUUUCGCUGAGUCUUCAUGCUUUCAUUCUCUAUGUUCCAUUUUUGUCGAGCGUGUUCGGCGUGGUUGCACUCAGUCUGAAGGAGUGGAUUCUGGUUUUGGUGGUAUCUUUCCCGGUGGUGCUGAUUGAUGAGGUUCUGAAGUUUGUGGGACGGAGGUUAUGGGCAGUAGAUCGCCACAAGCAUAAGCCAGAGUAGAAGGUUUUGAUUGUUGUAGAUAUCCAAGGUGUGAAUUUGGAGAAAAAUUUACGUAAGUAAGAUGUACGCAGCAGCAUUGGGUACGUAAGGUAGGUUAUAAAGAGGGCAUUGAGUGUUAUAUUCACGUUAUACCCCCUGUAAACUCCUUGUAACCUACCUGUAACUAGUAAGUUUUACGUUUCUGUUUUCAUAGAUUUAUAAGUUACAUGCAUGUUGCAGGUAGGUUACAGAGAGGUUGUAGGGAAUAUAAUGCGGGUAUCUUACGUACAUAAAUUUUUCUCGUGAAUUUGCAACCAUUAUACAAAAAUGUAAGUGAAGAAAAAUAUCAAUAGCAAAUAUAGUAAGCUUUCCUCU